CAUCCGGAGGAGCCCUCUCUCCUGUUCCCCAGCGACGGAGAUCCCUUGGGCGAGAAAAGUUUGCCUGUGGAGCUCCCUGCCUGGGCAGAGUCCCGGCCUCGAAAGUGCCCCUUGGCCUCCUUGGAAGAGGAGGAAGGAAGCCCGCUUUCUCCAGGACGCACCUCGCCCCGGAUUUGGCUAUUCUCUCUGGUCCCUCUUUUUUCCCCUGGAGGCCUCUGGGGCAGCCCCCCUUGAGCCUGGCGCCCCUUCCGAGGGCAGAGCCAUGGGCGGCCGGGCCCUGAGGGGCUUCCUCUGGAGACUCAGCCUGGUCUUCCCUCUCCUGACGGGGCGCCCCGGAGGAGGCACUCACCUCUCCAGCAACCAAGUUGUGUUGCUUGAUACAACCACUGCAAUUGGAGAGCUAGGAUGGAAAACUUAUCCACUAAAUGGGUGGGAUGCCAUAACAGAAAUGGAUGAAUAUAAUCGUCCCAUUCACACCUACCAGGUAUGUAAUGUUAUGGAACCCAACCAAAACAACUGGCUUCGUACAAAUUGGAUCUCCCGUGAUGCAGCUCAGAAAAUUUAUGUGGAAAUGAAGUUUACACUGAGGGACUGCAACAGCAUUCCAUGGGUUUUGGGAACAUGCAAAGAAACAUUUAAUCUCUACUACCUGGAAUCAGAUGAAUCACAUGGAAUUAAAUUCAAGCCAAACCAGUACAGUAAAAUUGAUACCAUUGCAGCAGAUGAAAGUUUUACUCAGAUGGAUUUGGGUGAUCGCAUCCUUAAACUGAAUACAGAAGUUCGUGAAGUGGGACCUAUAAACAGAAAAGGAUUUUUUCUUGCUUUUCAAGACAUUGGAGCAUGCAUAGCUUUGGUCUCUGUUCGUGUUUAUUAUAAAAAGUGUCCUUUCACUGUUCGGAACUUGGCUAUGUUUCCUGACACUAUUCCAAGAGUUGAUUCUUCCUCUUUAGUGGAAGUACGAGGUUCCUGUGUGAAGAGUGCUGAGGAACGGGACACUCCAAAAUUAUAUUGUGGAGCAGAUGGAGAUUGGCUUGUGCCUCUAGGAAGGUGCAUCUGCAGUGUUGGAUAUGAAGAAGUGGAUGGGUCUUGCCAUGCUUGUAGGCCAGGAUUUUACAAAGCAUUUGCUGGGAAUAUAAAGUGCUCCAAGUGCCCUCCACACAGUCAAACAUUUGUGGAAGCAACAUCUGUGUGCCAGUGUGAAAAAGGUUACUUUCGAGCUGAGAAAGAUCCACCAACUAUGGCAUGUACCCGACCACCUUCUGCUCCAAGGAACAUUAUUUUUAACAUAAAUGAAACAGCUCUCAUGUUGGAGUGGAGCCCACCAAGUGACACAGGAGGGAGAAAAGAUCUUACCUAUAGUGUCAUUUGUAAGAAAUGUGGAUCUGAUACCAGCCAAUGUGAAAUAUGUGGAGGAGGGAUCCGAUUCAUUCCAAGACAUACUGGGCUAAUCAAUUCGUCAGUGACUGUACUUGAUUUUGUGUCCCAUGCGAACUACACUUUUGAAAUAGAAGCCAUGAACGGAGUCUCUGAAUUAAGUUUUUCACCCAAGCAGUUCACAGCUAUCACAAUUACCACAGACCAAGAUGGUGAGUUUAUGCUAUUUGUGUUGUCACUAAUUUAAAGUUAAAGUAUAUAUAACAGAAUGCAGUUAACAGUACAUUUUGUGAAUUAUCAUAAGUAGAUAUCUCUUUAAUUCUGUCUAUUCAGAGCAU